AUGGCGAGCGCUCCGAUGGAUUAUGAGCCCACGAACGGCGAUCGUUUCGAUGACGACGGUGCACGUUACGAGCGCGACGAGCCGCGUGACGAGUCACCUCGUCGCGACGAGGGCCAGGAGACUAGCCGGCGUCGGUCUGCCUCACCCGGGGCUACUGGCAAUGAUCGGCCCAAAGAUGAUAACGGUUCGCGCAACGGCGGUGGCGGCGACGACGAUGGUGCUGUUAACCCCGGGUCAAACCUGUUUGUCACCGGUAUCCACCCCCGUCUGAGCGAAGAAGAGGUGUCUCGCUUGUUUGAGAAGUACGGCGAGGUCGAGAAGUGCCAGAUCAUGCGCGACCCUCAUACGAAGGAGUCGCGUGGCUUCGGCUUUGUCAAGAUGGUCACAUCCGACCAGGCCGAUGCUGCCAAAGAUGGCCUGCAGGGCGAGGUUAUCGACGGUCGUUCGCUUAGCAUUGAGAAGGCCCGGCGUGCUCGUCCCCGCACACCGACUCCUGGCAAAUACUUUGGUCCUCCGAAGAGGGUGGUCCGCGUGAGGAGCGCCGUGGCGGCGGUUACGACCGUGAGCCCCGGGUUCGGGACGCUGCUCCGACUGGCCCCAGUGGAUACGGCGAGAGCGGUCGCGGUGACCGGGACUACGCUCCGCGGUACGACUAAAUUUCUUGUCUCACUCUUUGACCACCCCUGUGGUGCCUAUCCGCUGACAUAA